CUACUCUUCUUUUUCCGCACUUGCUUCACAAAUACCAUGCCAUUCUUUACCAACAGUAAUAAUAGCAAAAGGCCACUCACUGCUGCUGUCAUUGGCACAGGCUUCAGUGGCAUCUGUGCUGCCAUAAAACUAGAAAAAGAGCUAGGUAUCAAGGCACAAGUGUUCGAAUUAUGGUCAGACGUGGCAGGAACAUGGUUUGCCAACCGUUAUCCGGGCGCAGAAUGUGAUAUUCCAUCCCAUUUAUAUUCUUUCAGCUUCGAGCAGAAUCCAGAUUGGUCAAAAAACUAUAGCAGUCAGCCAGAAAUUUAUGCCUAUUUGCAAGGGGUCGCUAGGAAAUAUCAUCUCUAUGACCGUAUCAAGUUUGAAACAAAAAUUGUUCGUGCUGAAUGGAAAGAACAACAGCAGCAAUGGUGUCUCGUGUGGAGAAAUACAAAUGAUCAUCAGCAAACUGCUUCUGCUUAUUUCGACGUUGUAGUGAGCGGUGUGGGUGCUUUGAGGAUCCCGAAUAUACCAAAAGAGUUCUCAGGAUUUGAAGGGCCAAUAGUCCAUACGACGUUUUGGGACUCAAAUCUUGACUAUACCAAUAAGCGGAUUGCUGUCAUUGGAAGUGGUGCUUCAGCUGUUCAAGUGAUCCCCGAGCUGCAAAAAGUAGCGAGCCAUGUUUACAGCUACCAGCGGACGCCUGCAUGGGUAUUACCUCGAGAUCAAUACUUGUACUCACGUACUUGGAAGUUCAUCUUUCGUUAUGUUCCAUUUGUUUUGCGUUUUUAUCGUCUACUUAUUUUUAUUAGGCAUGAAUUGACGUUUGUCAACUUUGGAUAUCAUAAGCUGCUCGGCAAGGUUGUCAAAAAGAAAUUUAUUCAAGGCAUGGUUGCCCGUCUCACUGCUGCUGGUCGAGCCGAUCUAAUUUCCUCCGUUGUUCCAGACUAUCCUGUUGGAUGCAAGCGUAUCACGAAAUCCGAACACUAUCUUGAAGCGUUAGCAAAAGCGAAUGUUACCGUCACACGUUCCGGCAUCGAGGAAAUUCGCGGCCGAACGUUGCUAGAUAAAGAUGGAAAUGAAACAGAAGUAGACAUUCUGGUGCUGGCUACUGGUUUUCAUGUGAAUGAUAUGAAUGGAAACCUCAAAAUUUACGGCAGAAACGGAGUGCUGCUCCAAAAAGUAUGGGAUAAGGAAAACUCAAAAUCCUACAAGUCUGUCACCGUACACGGAUUCCCCAAUUUCUUUUUACUUCUUGGCCCUUCAUCUGGGCUGGGCCAUAACUCUAUAGUGACAGUGAUUGAAGUACAAACCGAUUAUACAAUACAAUGCGUCAAACGACUCGUGAAGAACGACCUAGCUGCUAUUGAGCCAAAGAAAGCGGCACAAGAAGAAUUUGUAGCUAAUGUUCAAAAAGGUUUCGAAGGCACUGUAUGGAAAGCAGGCUGCCGCUCUUGGUACAUGAAUGACAAAGGAGAGAUUUACACCCUGUGGAACGGCCCGAUUACUACCUUCUGGUGGGCAUUACGCCAACCCGUAUUCAAGGACUUCAUUGAAUACAAGAAGAAUGCUCUUGCAGAGAGCAAAUAGUGAAGUCAACAAUUGAAUUAACGUGCGUAGCUUACAAAAAAUG